AUGUCGUCCCGCAUGUGGGAGGUCGACCCGGAGACGAAGACAAAGCUCUUCCAGAUCUCCAAAACCAAUGGAAAUGAUAGGUGCUGCGACUGCGGCGCGCCGUCACCUCAAUGGUGCUGCUUCGAUACCCACCCUCACACACCGCAUCGAGGAGAAACACAAGCUAACCGUGGCCACUCUCUCAAAACGCAGGCAUCUCCCAAAUUUGGAACCUUCAUCUGCCUAAACUGCGCCGGUACACAUCGCGGCCUCGGUGUACACAUCUCCUUCGUACGCUCAAUCACCAUGGACGCCUUCAAACACGCCGAGAUCCAGCGCAUGGAACUAGGCGGCAACGAACCCUGGAAAACAUUCUACGAUGCCCACGCCGUGACCAUCUCCGAGGGCCGCACAUUCGAAGACUCCACAAUCAAAGAGCGCUACGAGGGCGACGCCGGCGAGGAAUGGAAGGAGAGACUAUCCUGCAAAGUCGAGGGUCGCGAAUACGUCCCCGGCCAGGAGAAGAAGAAUAACGCCCCUGUCUCGCGGUCGAGUACACCCAUGAGUCUGAGCGGUGGUGGUGUUACGGGUGGUGCGCGGACGGGGUCACCUGCGGCAUCAUCGAUUCGCUCGCAUGAUAGCCAGCGCGGCGGGGCGCCGACGAAGAAAGAGCAGAAUGAGACUUAUUUCGCGAAAUUGGGGAAUGAGAAUGCAACAAGGUCGGAUGCUUUGCCUCCUUCACAAGGUGGGAAGUUUACGGGCUUUGGGGGUGGUAUGCCCCCGUCUGCGGCUGCGGAACGUCGGUCUUCGCCGUUUGGUGGAUUUGGAGGAUGGGGUGGAGGCGCUGGUGGUGCUAGUGGAGCGGGCCUUGAGGAUCUUCAGAAAGAUCCAUUGGGUACUUUGACCAAGGGUCUUGGGUGGUUUGCGUCGACGGUGGGCAAGAGCGCGAAGCAGGUGAAUGAAUCAUACCUACAACCGACGGCUAAGCAGCUCGCCGAAUCCGACUUCGCAGCCCAAGCCCGCGUCCAAGCCACAACCUGGGGUCAAAACCUCCAAACCGGCGUCCGCGGCGCCGCAGACCAAUUCAACCGCUUCGUCGAAGGACCCGAUGACAACCGCUCUGGUGCAGCCCGGUCUCGCAUCGAACCUGAACGCCGAGAUUUCUGGGACGACUUUUCGUCUCUAGGCUCGCAAGAGCAGAACGGUCACCAGCGGAGCAGCUCGCGGUCUGAUGUUAUCGGGACUACUGCUAUGCGUAAGGGUCCUGCGACGUCGUCAAUGGCGAAUAAUACGACCUCUGCCUCUGGGGAUGGGACUGCGUCUGCUGGGAAGGAGCAUGCGGAGGGCCAUGCUGCGACUUCGACGACGGCGAAGGGGAAGGAUGAUUGGGGUGAGGAUUGGUAG